CACAUUGCCGAAGAUACAUUUGCCAUUGUUUUUUUUUUCGUGUCCAACAACGAUGAUUGAAAUGAGAUUGAUUGUGUCAAUUGUUUUCGCAAUGUUAGUUGUGGCUUCCACGGCUGACAAGUUCCAGGAUUGGAAAGAUCAAAUGGAAACUCUUCAAGGAAAAUGCACAAAUCAGUAUAAAUUAAAUGAUGCUGCAAUCACAGAAUUAUUGAAUGCCAAUACUGUUGAUGUGACGGAUAAGAACAUCCAGAAACUUUUAUACUGCAUUGCAUUAGAUCAAGGAUUCAUGGACUCAGAGGGAACUCUUGGAACUGAAAAAAUUGCUGAGCAUUUAAAAAAACUGGAUUUGGACGAGAAAACCAUAAAAGCUGUAAACAAAAAAUGUAGCUCUAUAGAAAAACCUUCUGAUAAGAAUGUGUUAGUAGGUCUUUAUUAUAAAUGUUAUGAGAAUGAACUACCAAGGAAAUAUCUUGUUCUUUGAAUUCAGCUUAUACUUGAUUACUUUUUUCAAAAAUCAAUUAAAUCACAUUGAAAUUUCUCAAUAAAAUGCAGUUGUUACCAUAUAUUGCAAACACUUCCAUAAAAUCUUUCAAAACCUAUUAGAUAUAAGUUGAGUAUUGAUUCCUUUUAGAUUUUUACGCAUUCAUUGUAUGGAAUAUGGAAUAAACAUUAUGUUAGAA